AUGCGGCGGCGUUCGCGCGUCGCGCGCGACGCACUCACCCACCGCGCGACGUCGUGUGCUCCACGCCACGACCGCGUCGGUCUCGCCUUCAUGUACACGUCGAUGACACCGAACGCGGCCGCGGCGGCGCGCGUCACCGCGCGCGCGCGCGCGUCGCCGACGCCGCCGCGACGAAUCGCGACGACGACGACGACGACGACGUCGUCGACGUCGCCCGAAAACGCGAAGACGUCGUUUCGCAGCCGGAGCGUCGGCCGCCGCGCCCGCCUCCCGCCGCCGCGCGCGAGUUGGUCCGACUUCGUCUCCGGCGUCAAGCGCGAGAUCGACAUCACGUUCAACCCGAGGACGGCCGGCGCGAAGAUCGCGGGACGAUGCCCGGACACGCAGACGGUCCCGAACGAGGUGGAGCGACAGAAAGAGAUCGCGGAGAUGGAAGCGAUGGAGUCGGAUGGGAGCGACGAGAAUAUCGACGGCUUCUUCGACCUCGCCGCGUUCACGCGACAGCUCGAGGAGCAGGUCAGGUCGCAGAACGACGCCGCGGACGCGGUCGACGUCGCGGAGCAGAAAGUGCACGCGGAGCUCGCCGCGAGGCUCGCGGAGGUGAACGACGGAUGGGUCCCCGCCGCCGCGGAGGCGGCGCUCGACGCGACGGCGACCGAGGCGGCGGACGACGACUCUUCCCGGGGGCCCUACGCCUCCCUCGCGAAGAGCGACCGCCAGAGACAGCUCGAGGUGGCGUACUACGGCGCGGACUACGUCGGCGAGGGAGUGCUCACCGGGCGGGAGCUCGCGCUUCUGUGUUACGCGAAGUACGGAAAGUAUCACGACAUGGCCGUCAAGCACGUGCGAAUGGGCGAAGGCAUGAAACGCUGGGUGUCCCUCAACUUAUACGUCGGGCACCUCGGACAGAGGUCCUACCCCGCGACGGAGGAGGAGUACCUCGCCGGGUUAGACUCGAUCGCGUACAUGAUCACGUCGUGGGGGCAGGCGGACUACGCGCGCGCGUUCUUUCGCGAGCCGCCCAUCGCGCGCCGGGGGCUGCCGUCGAGACCCCGCGUGGACACGUGCGUGACGCUCCAGUUUAACCGCUCCCCGACGUGGGACGACGAGAUGGGGGACGAGUUCUUCACGUACUGA